GCCUUCUGAGAAUUCGAAGACAUCUGAUAGUCCCAAACGAAACCGUGUUGUCGAUGAAGCUGUCGCUCGUGUUGUUGGCUCUCUCAAAGUGCAGUUGGAAACUCCGGAAACUCGACGUCCUGAGGAAUGGUCUGGUAAGGAGGCUGAGGGGCGUGAACGCAAAAUGGCAGCUAUCCUAUCAGACAUAGAAACUGGUGAGUCUAUGCGACAAGAAAGAUUGGCUCAUGUCCAGUCCUGCACCGGAAUAAGUGCUAAUAUGAAUGUUAGUUGAGCCAAAUCACCAACACAACAUUAGAGGAAGAACGAUUUCCGAAUAUAUCAAAGCACUCGAACAUCCGCCUGAACUUCCAUCGAACAUGAACAAUCUAGGAUCUGCAGUACGGAAUUGGAUGCAUUCCACACAUGAUUAUAUGAUUACCAUGCAUAACAAACUCGAGGAGUUGCGGAAAUGCCUGAUGAUAAGCACUUGUCAACAUCCAAAAACGACCAGUCUUCCUGAGAAGAGGGCAAGUGAGUAUCAAGUGAACACUAGCUCAAGUGAUACUGAAUGUCCAGGUGAAUCGAAAGAAGAUCCAUACAGAGAGACGAAUUGGCGAAACGGUUUUGAAGGUUGGGACAGCAUGGGUGACAUCAGCUGCGGGGACUGGGAGCAAGCACCGGUUGGGUCAGUUGGGGAGGUAACAGAUCUGGAAUACCAGGUUGUUACAGGAGCUGGACAUGCUCAAGACCUUGGUGACAGAGUUCAGACUUUGUUCAAGGAGAACCAGCGCAAGUGGGGAAAGACCUCGAUUGGGUAUGUGGUUGGAGGAGAUGCCAAAAACGGCCUUCACCCACCAGACUCCCCCGCGAUGAAAGAGCAACGUGUUAAGGCCGCAGAGGCGCGAAUGAGAAGAGCAGGGGCAACCACCAUGGGACGAAACUUCAAUCGUCGGGGAUUCGAGUCUUCAGCUGCUAAGGGUGGACAGCACGCUCGACUACUACCACGAGACUCCCAUGCAAAUGAUGAAGAGAAUGAGGUCCCCGAGAAUGCCAAUGAAGGAAGUCGCAGCGAUCAGAACGAGGCAGGGACAGACACUCCAAGACCUGAACAUGGUCAAGACGAAGUACCAUGUCAAGACAGUGAUAUUCCUGAUCUGGUAAGCGAUAAUGAAGGCCAUGCAGAGGCUCCGAAGUUCAAGAAAACGCCGAUUAUAUCGGGUAUAAAUGAUGCACGUCGACGUGAAGAAGAGCGAAGAGAGGAUCCGGAGAAAUGGUAUGCAGGAUGGGACCGAUGGAUAGAGGGUAGACCUAAUGUCAGCAAUGAGAACUUGCAAGAGUUCAUGGAAGAUCGUGGGGUCCCGAGAGAAGAUAUUGAAAAGUUGCUGAAGGGGCGAAAACGAGGUGGAUAGACUUGAAUACCGGCUUGGAGAAGAACUUGGAGAAGAUAGUCACAAAGAACUUGAGAGCUGGAGUUUCUGGAGAAGCACGGACAAGAGAGUUUGCGGAUAUUGGGCUUGGUGAUGUUUUGUUGGUCGUCAUAAAGAAGUCCUUUGCAUAAGUUGACUUCAACUUUUUGUUUUUCAGUCAGGAUUGAAAAGAGCCUUGACAUAGACUAUACAGGCAUGAUGUAGACAACUUAGAGGCCAGAAUUGCUUUUCUCCCCACACGAACAUGUACAUGUCUGAAACAUGGAGUUUUCCGUUGCUUGCUUUUACAUCUGAAA